UUCCCCCACCUGCUUCCGGCCGCGGCUCAGUUCUCGCGCCUCCGCCUCCGCCGCGGCUCGUGGUCGUCCCGCCAUGGCACUGUCGCGGGGACUGCCCCGGGAGCUGGCCGAGGCCGUGGCCGGGGGCCGGGUGCUGGUGGUGGGCGCGGGUGGCAUCGGCUGCGAGCUCCUCAAGAACCUUGUGCUCACCGGCUUCUCCCACAUCGACCUGAUUGAUCUGGAUACUAUCGAUGUCAGCAACCUCAACAGGCAGUUUUUGUUUCAAAAGAAACAUGUUGGAAGAUCAAAGGCCCAGGUUGCUAAAGAAAGUGUACUGCAGUUUUACCCAAAGGCUAAUAUCAUAGCCUACCAUGACAGCAUCAUGAACCCUGACUAUAAUGUGGAAUUUUUUCGACAAUUUAUAUUGGUUAUGAAUGCUUUAGAUAACAGAGCUGCCCGCAACCAUGUUAAUAGGAUGUGUCUGGCAGCUGAUGUUCCUCUUAUUGAGAGUGGAACUGCUGGUUACCUUGGGCAAGUAACUACCAUCAAAAAGGGUGUAACUGAGUGUUAUGAAUGUCAUCCCAAACCUACCCAGAGAACUUUCCCUGGCUGUACAAUUCGUAACACCCCUUCUGAACCUAUUCAUUGCAUCGUUUGGGCAAAGUAUUUGUUCAACCAGUUGUUUGGGGAAGAAGAUGCUGAUCAAGAAGUAUCCCCUGACAGAGCUGACCCUGAAGCUUCCUGGGAACCAAUGGAAGCUGAAGCCAGAGCCAGAGCAUCUAACGAAGAUGGUGACAUUAAACGUAUUUCCACUAAGGAAUGGGCUAAAUCAACUGGAUAUGAUCCGGUUAAACUUUUUACCAAGCUUUUUAAAGAUGAUAUCCGGUAUCUGUUGACAAUGGACAAACUGUGGCGGAAAAGGAAACCUCCGGUUCCAUUGGACUGGGCUGAAGUACAAAGUCAAGGAGAAGAAACCAAUGCAUCAGAUCAACAAAAUGAACCGCAGUUAGGUCUGAAAGACCAGCAAGUUCUAGAUGUAAAGAGCUAUGCAUGUCUUUUUUCAAAGAGCAUUGAGACUUUGAGAGUUCAUUUAGCAGAAAAAGGGGAUGGAGCUGAGCUCAUAUGGGACAAGGAUGACCCAUCUGCAAUGGAUUUUGUCACCUCUGCUGCGAACCUCAGGAUGCAUAUUUUCAGUAUGAAUAUGAAGAGCAGAUUUGAUAUAAAAUCAAUGGCAGGGAACAUUAUUCCUGCUAUCGCUACUACUAAUGCAGUGAUUGCUGGGUUAAUAGUAUUGGAAGGAUUGAAGAUUUUAUCAGGAAAAAUAGACCAGUGUAGAACAAUUUUUUUGAAUAAACAACCAAACCCAAGAAAGAAGCUUCUUGUGCCUUGUGCACUGGAUCGUCCUAACCCUAAUUGUUAUGUAUGUGCCAGCAAGCCAGAGGUGACUGUUCGGCUGAAUGUCCACAAAGUGACUGUUCUCACAUUACAGGAUAAGAUAGUGAAAGAAAAAUUUGCUAUGGUAGCACCAGAUGUCCAAAUUGAAGAUGGGAAAGGAACAAUCCUAAUAUCUUCAGAAGAAGGAGAGACCGAAGCUAAUAAUCACAAAAAGCUGUCAGAAUUUGGAAUUAGAAAUGGCAGCCGGCUUCAAGCAGAUGACUUCCUUCAGGACUACACUUUAUUGAUCAACAUCCUUCAUAGUGAGGACCUAGGGAAGGAUGUUGAAUUUGAAGUUGUUGGUGAUGCCCCAGAAAAAGUGGGGCCCAAACAAGCCGAAGAUGCUGCCAAAAGCAUAACCAAUGGCAGUGACGAUGGAGCUCAGCCUUCCACAUCCACUGCACAAGAGCAAGAUGAUGUGCUCAUAGUUGAUUCAGAUGAAGAAGGUCCUUCAAAUAAUGCUGACAUCAGUGAAGAAGAGAGAAGUCGCAAGAGGAAAUUAGAUGAGAAAGAGAAUGUCAGUGCAAAGAGGUCCCGCACAGAACAGACAGAAGAGCUUGAUGAUGUUAUAGCAUUAGAUUGAACAGAAAUGCUUCUAAACAGAACCCUCUUACUGGGCAGAACCAGCAUGUAAUCAAAGCCUGCAGAAAAAUGUUGAACAAGACUCAGCCCUCAGGAGCAUGCCGCUUGAUGCCUGCAGGAUGGACUGACUUCCAGCCUUCAAUACAGCACUGGGCAAACUGAAGCCCCACCUACAGCUAUAUGAGCCCGUGAGGUUCACUUUGCCUUUAGAUUUUUAGAUGUCCCAUUUUCCUCCAGAAAAAAAAAUCUCAAAAUUACAGAACUGUGUAACAGACAAUGGUGAAAUAUUCUGGAAUUCCACCUCUCAGAAAUGUUUCAGUUAACUGGUUGGUCACUGGUGAUCGUGUUUCAAUUUUGAAAUUCCAUUCCUAAAACCUAACCCUGCCCUUGUAGACUCAAUUGUCAAAAUGGUUUCCAGCAUUUUGUAUAUUUUAUUUUUUUCCCAUUUGUACAUAAAUAGCAGUAAGAGCCAGUUUGAUCUGCAGAGAUCGGUUUCUGUUUUGGCAGACCAGUGGUUUUUAUCUCUGCAACAACUCUAUUACUACCUUUUCCAGCAGGUUCUGUCCAUUUUCAACCUGUUUUUAUAAAAUCAGGGUUUAUCAGCAAGGCAGGUCCGAUACAUGGGUCUUGCCCAUGUAGACUAAGCAGAUCCAAGCUGCCUGCACGCCCCUGGAGCAUGGCCACGCUUUAGAUGUGGCCUGGUAUUUGUGGUUUUCCCGUGCGAGUUGUCUUCUCAGUUGGGGAGCCAGACGCAGAGCUCGUCAGGGGCCUUUCCCCAGCAGCUCCACCCUGAAAUACAGUCUGACAAACCAUCUUCCAGCCUUAAUGGGAACAGUCUGCUGACCCAAGCUUACCUAUCUAGUCUGUUGUCCCAAAGAUGAGUCUGCAUACUUGGCAUGUACGAGAGGAUUCAGUGUUUUAAUAUGGAGCCUGACCACGUAAGUAAUCAAUCAGGCAGACAUCAGUGUAAUCAUCCAAAACCUUCAGUAACAGGCUGUUGAGGAACAGAAUCUUUACAGUGUUCAAAUGUUGCUGUACAGAUAACUCACCAAGGAAAAAACAACCACCUUUGAUAAUGGACUGAUCUGUCCCCGCUGUAAUCACAUACUCAAACCUGGUAUCAGGGACACCUUAACGUGUGCUUCCCAGUGAGAUGAUACGAAGACUACAACAGCACAGAAAAAAACCUGUUCACCUGAACCUAAUGCAGCAGUUAGACCCAACUUCCAGCUGACAGGAAAGAGGGUGUAGAGGAACAAGCUAAACAACAUUAGGAGGAAACAAGUACAGAAUGUGGGACAUUCUUGAACUCAAGUGCAAAAUACAUGACUAGCAAUUCUUGCGAUAAUUGGAAAUUUGAAAAUGGGAUAAAGUGAUAAUGGAAGUAUUUUCUUAGGUAUGAUAAUGUCCUUGUACUUAUGUAGGCCAGUGUCUUUAUUCUUCGAAUAUUAGGGAUGAAGCUUCAUAACAAUUUUUAAAUGGCUCAGCAAAAUACACAAUACAGGAAGAAAAAGAUAACAUUUAUUAAAUCUAGGUGGAGACUAUAUACGUUGUUCAUUGUACUAUCCAACUUUUCUCUGAAAACUUUCGUAAUAAAAGUGGAGAGAGAGAUAUAUAUAUAGUCUGUAUUUUCCUUCUGUGCCUAUGUGACUUUCAAGUUUUGUAAUGAAUACUUAUGAUUUUAAUCAGAAAGGCAAUAAAGAUUAAAAAUAUAA